GCUCAGCAUGGACUUGGAAUGAUAAAAGACAAGCUUUCUACUUACACCAGUUCUUCAGUGCACAACCUGAUUUAAAUUACAGGAAUAACGACCUUGUUGAGGAGAUAAAGAACAUUUUACGGUUUUGGAUGGAGAAAAGGGUCGAUGGUUUCCGAAUAGAUGCUACUCGAUAUCUGUUCGAAGAUGAAAGGUUUUUAGAUGAGCCGCUGUCCGGAUCGUCGGAUGCUAAAGAUGAAUAUACUGAAAAAGUUGAUCAGGUUCUCCGGGUAUUGAUAGUCGAAUCAUAUGCAAAUAUUUCGAGCCUUAUGAAAUAUUACACAUCCGGUAGUCACUUUCCCUUCAAUUUUAAACUUCUGCAAAUCAAACAUUCAUCCACGGCAACUGACGUAAAGAAAAUUGUGGACUCAUGGCUAUUAAAUAUGCCUAAUGGCGCAACUGCUAAUUGGGUAGUAAGUAUAAAGUGUCAGUCAAACAAGAGACCCGAAAUGUUUUUGUGUUUGCUCCGUUUCACUUUAGUUUACAUUAUUAUAUUUCAAGUAAAAACAUUGGCAUUGGAAAAAGAACUCUUACGAAUGCUCGUACCAGAAAUUGAAAAAGUGAGGUUAUGCACAGUUCUGCAGGUCCGCCAUCUUGGCGUGUAA